UUCCAAUAAUUCUUCGCGUAAUCGUUCACUCCUGAUUUACCGAUUCUUCGUCCACCGUCCCUGCUUCUCAAAGCUGAAGGGAGCCAUUACUGAUUGCCUUCGAUCUCUUUCUGUGAAAGGAAAUUGAGAACGAUCAGAAACAGCUAUGCAGCAAGGAGAUUAUAAUUCAUAUUACCAGUAUUCUCACCUUCAAAACCCUAACCCUGUUCCUAACCCCAGUUCCAAUCCUAAUCCAAGUCCAACUUUAAUCGAUCACCACCAGAGCUCAUACGCAUCAGCACCACCAUUCUCCGCCAGCUACGCUCCCUCCGAUUACUCAGUUUAUCCCCCUAAUUAUACUCCCUAUCCUCAAAAUCCUGAUACUGUUCCUCCCCCUCCCACCGCUCCCUCAUACACCCCGCCUCCUCCGCCAGCGUCAGCAACGACGGCAGCCUUGAAGCCUAAUAGUCUGCAAUCUUCCUUCAACCCGCCACCACCACCUCAGCAACCGUCUUAUCCUCCUUAUGAUUCGCAUGGGUCCUAUCAGCCUCUGACCACUCAGCAAUCUUAUUAUCCACCGUAUGAUCAGAAUCCGACGGCCUCCAGUUACGUACCUCCUCCACCUCCUCCUUCAAUUGCACCAAAUCCUAACCCUAGUACCAAUCCACCAUAUUCCUCAUCGUACACUGCCCCGCCUUAUAAUCCUAUAGGAUCUUCGGUGCCACCUGCAUAUGAUAAUCCAUAUGAGAGUUCUCUAAAGUUUGACCACAGCGUUGGUUAUUUUGAUGAUAAGUAUGGAGGUUAUAGUCGCAGCGGAUCCGAUUUGGGGUCGGAUCUAUAUGGGAAGCGAGCAGAGAACAGGUACGAUCUGGGCCGAGAAGAUGCAUAUGGUGAUGGCGUUUAUGCUUAUGAAGGAAGCAAGGUGGAGCCAUACGGAGCCAGGGGCACUGCACCGAGAUCAUCAACGUGGGCCGGGUUUGAUGAUUAUGGGAGAGCGAUUAGCUUCCCUUCUGGGAAGGACUCGUCAGUUGGUUCAGCUUCUGCUAAGAUUGUUCGAGCGGUACCAAAGGCUGAGACGCAGCAGGACGUCAAGAGUGGGGUCCAAAAGUUCAGGGUUAAGCUGUUGGCUGAAAGCGGAGGCCAGAGCACCAUGGAUGUGCUUUGCCAGAUCGGUUUGGAUGGAAUCCGUAUGCUCGAUCCCAGUACCAACCGAACUUUGAGAAUAUAUCCUCUUGAGAACAUAACGAGAUGCGAAGUAACCGAUUCAUCUACCCUUGCAUUCUGGUCCAAGAGCUCUGUGGAUAUUGAACCAAGACGUAUUAGAUUGCAAUCAAAUAGUUACACUACAAACACUCUUCUUGACAUUGUGACAGCAGCAACUGUGCAGCUCAAGGAGAUGGGAGGAAGCAGGAGGCCUCCUGAAUCUUCUAGGACACUUGAGCAGGCCGCAGAGAAGAAGAAAGGGCUUGCUGAUUGGAUGAACUUGAUAAAGCCAGGCAAUGAGGAAAAAGAUCAUUGGGUCCCUGAUGAAGCCGUUUCAAAGUGUACAGCAUGUGGGACAGAUUUUGGGGCUUUUGUGCGCAGGCAUCACUGCAGAAAUUGUGGGGACAUUUUCUGUGACAAGUGUACCCAUGGGAGGAUUGCUCUUACUGCAGAUGAGAAUGCUCAGCCUGUUAGAGUUUGUGACCGAUGCAUGGCAGAAGUGACUCAGAGGCUAACUAAUGCAAAAGAGGCAGCUAGUAAACCUGUAGGACUGCAUUCUCAUGAGGAUCUUGCGAGAAAGCUUCAGGAGGAAAUGGAGAAAAAUCGCAAGGCAUCAUCAGGAUCCAAGUCGGACGGAUCUGGAAGACGGAUGAAAGAAGUUGCAUGUCCUACUUGCACUGUCCAUUUGCAGGUCCAGGUCCCCAGCUCGGGUUCCGAAACGAUCGAGUGUGGCGUGUGUCAACACCCAUUUCUUGUCAGUGCUCAUUGACUUUGCAUCUUGUUUUGCGGCAAAUGAUUGCGCCUACUCCAAAGUACAUGAAAAACGAAAUGCUAUCCCAAUAUAGAGGACAAAGUGCCACCGGACCUGAGUUUAGAAGACCUGAGUGUGUGAGAUUAUGUUGGGUGAAACAGGCGCCAGAGUUGUAUAUGGGUUUAAUUAUUUGCUCAUUUUCAUUCACAAUAUGCUGCGGAAAAAAUGUUGCUUGGGAUUUUCUGUGGGUUUGUAAUUUGGCUAUGCAUGUUUAUAUAAUCAAAUAAAAAGAUUUAUCCAUCCUUUUACAAUCAUGAAA